AUGGAAGGCCUUCACGCCGACAAGUACGGCACCUCUUCGUCCAGAGGAGGGACCUACACAGUCGUCCCUGAUCAACAGCCACCCACCAAAGCGUCGAGUUCGACGCCACGAGCCUCGCAACAUGAGUCAGCCACCGCUUCUACUUCAGCAUCAUAUCUUCCACCAGGGCAUUUCACCACAUGGUAUGGUUCCAUUCAAAUACCUGGGUUUGACAAGAGAAGCUACGGACACCCCUCACAGCCGCCUAGUGGCCUCCCAACACAACCGCACCACAAUGGAUCUGCUUCAGGCUCCAAGCAUGCACGCCAAUCUCCCUCCAAGGACGAUCCACAACCUAAGAACAUCUGUAACAAGUCUGCUGGUCAACUCUCUGGUGCAGAUCCAUCUCCUGCUCCGGUACACCCAAAGCAUCAUCCUAGUAACUCUGGCGAUUGGGCACUCGCACACGCUACUUCGACACGAGCAAACGAGGAGCAGCCCGCAACCUAUGAUACCUUGAAGCAAGAAGGGGAGAGUCCGGAAGAUGUCAUCAAGCGACUGCAGGGAGCUGGUCUCCGGGAAGUAAAUGUGCGUAUGAGACGAAAUGCCAAGGGCGAGACUGUGAACACUGGAUUGACGACGCUGGACUUCCUGCGGAAGCCUGUGUAUCCAGACACCGCUGCAAAUUUCAUUACGCCCGCAGAAUUAGCUUUGCCACGCGUUGGGAUAGUCCAUGAGGACCCAGGUAUAACGAAAGGUGUUCAAACCAACACCCCCGAUAAAGCAAACAACGCGAAGAAGUCUGGAGAGCAGCUAUUCAUGCAUGGUAACCAGAUGUCGUCUCCAAGCGACCUUGAAAUGCCCCAAGCAGAAGCUGAUGACCGAUCACGAUUCCCUGUUGGAGACAGAUCUGGUCCUCACAUGGAUUCAGCAACAACUGGCGGAAUAAACAACUCUUCAGAUGGCAUUGACUCUGCACAGACGAACACAAAUGUCACGUCCCAGCCCUCUCUGGCGAAAACUCUAUCUCCCGCUCCGGCAGCUCUCGCCGGUCGUGGGAAUUGGGUGCAUCGGCGAGAGUCGAAAGAGUCAUCAUUCCACCUCGACAGCGAUGCCGAAGGCACAGAAAUCAGCAACGAUGAUUCUAUCAUGCCGAUGGCUUGGGCCAACGAUGGCGAAAAUGGAAAGACCGUCAAGCGCCAAGAAUCAUCAAGGGACAAAUGCGACCUUGUUGGUUGGGAUGGGCGGAUGCAACCACCUCCUGUGGACUGGGAACACCGUAAUAGGUAUCAUUGCAACGACCCGAAUUUCAUCAGUGGUCUUGAGGGUUGGCUAGGCGAGAAUACCGUUCGAACCAUGCACAACGUUCUUCGAUAUUCGCCGUCUACUCAGCGUCAAGAUUCAAGCAUUGAAUUCGAGUUUGGCGCACUUCCUAUUGAGGAAGUGCAAGAUAUCACAAAGCAUCCUGAUGGCAUCGGUUUCGUCUCGAGAGAUACGUUACUGACCGUUGAGAAUGCGGAAUACUAUGGAUGUGUCGGAGUUGGCGAAAUACCCUGGCUUAACGGUGUAACUUUGCCAGAUUUCGUGGCAGCCACCAAGGUCGACCAUGAUGAUUUCGAAACCAUGAAAUACAGAGAUGAGACUGCGCAGACAUUCAUCGACCGACGAAUGAUGUAUCUCAUGCGCAAACAUGAAGAAGUUCAGGCUCGACGCUUACUUGCAGAGAAUUCGAAGAUCGAAACACCUGCCCCUCCUGAGCCUGAAGGCCCCAAACCGCUCAAGACCAAUAUAUACCUUCGCCCAGCCGUCCGAACUGACUAUGCUGGGAUGACCCGUAUCUACAACUGGCACAUUGAGCACGGUGUGCGUCCAUCCGAACUUCUGGAGAUCACUGAGGACGACAUGGAAGCACGGCACAAUAUGUCCACAUCAGCGCGGCUUCCUUUCAUCGUUGCCGUGGAACGAAAUCGGAAGAAUUCCCGCCGCAAGCCUCCAAUCCGUCGCGUCAACCCGAAUCACCCAAUCCAAAAUACGGACCCCACCUACAAUGCUGUAGUCAAAGACGAGAACAUUGUCGGAUGGGCUGCUGCAACUGAUUGGUCAGCGUCCGACUACAUUGAGACCACAACGGCAGAGCUGGAGAUCUAUGUCGAUCCUGAGUUCCGUCAGAAGGGCGUGGGUAGGUGCCUCAUGGACGCCCUCCUCGACGCCACUGACCGAGGGCACGCCAACAAGGGCGGCUAUGACUUCCACGCCGCGCCGGAGAUCAGACAUCUUUACAACUCGGGCGGAGGUCGCGAUUUGGCCAAGGUCAUCUUUCAAGUGCGUAGCUUCAACAGACCCAUCACGCCUGAACAGAAGCACAAGCUGCAUCUCGCAACCGAAGCAUCAAAGGACUGGGGUUACGCGAAAGGUUCCUUCUACGGUCGUGCCAACGGCCUGUAUGAAAAGCGCAAGGCGGCAAAACCGCGCGAAGAAAAGAAAGACUUCAGCAAGGCUGCGAGAAUCGACGACAGAGAAGACGACUACUCGAUCUGGUUGAAGGAGUGGUUGGAAAGUUUUGGGUUUGAGGAAGAAGCCUUCAUCAAAAAGAUUGGUACCAAGGACAAGAGGCUGGUGGACGUGCGAUAUUUGACGAAAGAGACGGCCUGGCAACCCGUGGACAACCAAAUUCCCGACUACAAACGUGGCAUCUGA